UAUAAAUAUCGAAUAUAUCCCUUUCAUCUCAUUCUCUGAACCAGAGGAUCACCAGUAUAGAGAGAGAAGAGAUACCAAAAUUCUUAAGAAACCUUAACCCUAAACCUGGAUUCAUGGCCAUGGUUUCUACUAUCUAUUGUCAGUGCCUUGUCUUUGCCCUAGCUGUGGAGAUUCUAUUUCUAAGUGUUGGCCAUUCUUUUCAGUUGUCUUCAAGGCUGAUCCAUCGGUUCUCUGAGGAAGCUAGGGCUCUUAGGGUUUCUAAAUAUGGGAGGGUUCCUGGUUCUCCAUGGCCGAGCUCGAGGAGCAUGGGGUACUAUGAGCUUUUGGCGAGGAAUGAUUUUCGGAGGCAAAGGAUGAAGCUUGGGGCGAAAUAUGACUCGCUGUAUUUCUCAGAGGGUAGUGAGACCUAUGGUUUUGGGAACAACUUUGGAUGGUUGCACUACGCAUGGGUUGAUAUAGGGACACCGAAUGUUUCUUUUCUUGUCGCGCUGGAUACUGGGAGUGAUCAAUUUUGGGUUCCGUGUGAUUGCAUACAAUGUGCACAGUUAUCAGCCCGUGACUAUGGGCUGGAUAGAGAUCUUGGCAUGUAUAGCCCAGCUGAAUCAUCCACCAGCAAGCAUCUUUUAUGCGGUAACCAGUUAUGUGAGAAGGGACCAAAGUGCAAAAGUCAGCAGCAGCCUUGCCCCUAUGUUGUUCAGUACCUCUCAAAUGAUGCUUCAUCUGGUUUGUUGGUAGAAGAUACUCUGUCUUUGGUCACCGGCAAUAAACAUACGCCCUCUAGCUUAGUAAAGGCUCCUGUCAUAAUAGGAUGCGGGCGGAUGCAAAGUGGCAGCAUAUUAAAUGGUACAGCCCCUGAUGGUAUCUUAGGCUUGGGGUUUGGGGACAUUUCAGUCCCAAGCUGCCUUUCGAGAUCAGGGUUGGUGCGGAAUUCUUUCUCGUUGUGUUUUGAGGAAGAUGACUCUGGAAGGAUAUUUUUUGGGGAUCAAGGAAUUCCAAAUCAGCAGACAACACCUUUUCUGCCCUUGGAAGGGAAAUACGAAACCUAUAUUGUUGGAGUGGGUGGUAUCUGUAUUGGGACUGUGUGCCUCGAACAAACGGGUUUCACUUCCUUGGUGGAUACUGGGUUCUCAUUUACAUUCUUUCCGGAUGAUGUGUAUAAAACGGUUACGACAGAGUUUGACAGGCAGAUAAACGCUUCGAGGCAUCUGUAUAAAGAAUCUAUCUUCGAGUACUGUUACAAAGUGAGGGGAUCACAACAUCCAGAGAUUCCUACUUUCACUUUGACAUUUUCUUCAAACAGCAGCUUUGUGGUCUCCAGCCCCAUUUUUGAGUUUCGAGGGGAGGAUGGUGAACUGGAAGGGAUCUGUUUGGCCCUGCAAUCUGAAGAAGAGAAUUCCGCCAAUGUUCUAGGCACCAUUGGACAUAAUUUCAUGAUGGGUUAUAGAUUGGUGUUCGAUAGGGGAAAUCUGAGGUUGGGUUGGUCGCCUUCGACUUGUGAUAAAAUGAGCAAAGAGAAUGGAGGCGUACCUGAAAACCCAUUGCCUACUAAUCAGCAGCAAAGCUCGAACCAUUCAGGUGGGACCCACUCUGCGACUCCUGCCAUAGCAGUGCGGACCCCACCAUCCAGUGAUCAGUCCUUUGCUGCUUCUAUCACUUUUCUAAAGGGCGAAUUAUUUGCCGCUUUGGUGGUGGUGAUUUUGUUUGGCUAUUGCUGAGGCACAUGGGCUCGCUUUUCUUGAGUAUGUGAAUGUAAAUUUAGUUUCUUUUAAUCUCCUUUCUUUUUGUAGUUUUGUAUUUCAAUUUUCUCUUGAGGUCGGGGUGCGUGUUUUGUCGCCCCAUUGAGGCCAGGGUGCGUGUUUUGUCGCCCCAUUGAGGCCGGGGUGCAUGUUUUGUCGCCCCAAUGUUGCGUUUUUGUUUAUAGAUAUGAUUUGAGUUGAUGUACGCUUUCUUUAAUAUUUCCUAUUGUGUCUAUUUCUUUGGUAAUGCUCUUUUGUGUA